UUUUACUAUUAGGAGUAAAGGCCAGUACAAAGAAGAAUCAGGAUGAAAAGAUGGCCAACUUCCUGUUACCACUGGGUUCCAACAGCUUCCACCGGUUCACACCCGAGUCCUUGGCUGCGAUCGAGAAGCGAAUCGCAGAGAAGAUCGCCAGGAAUGCCAAGCAGGAAUAUAGGGAACAGUUGGUUGAAGAGGAAAAACUGCAGCCCCAGUUUGACUUACAGGCCUGCAAGAAGCUACCCGAUCUCUACGGGUCUCCUCCAUCACAGCUCAUUGGCGAACCGCUGGAGGACAUUGAUCCUUUCUACAGUGAUCACAAGACAUUUAUAGUACUGAACAAAGGGAAGACAAUCUUUCGCUUUAGUGCCACUCCUGCCUUGUAUAUACUUAGUCCUUUUCAUCGAAUCAGAAGAGCAGCAAUUAAAGUUUUGGUACAUUCAUUAUUCAGUAUGUUUAUUAUGUGCACUAUUUUAACCAACUGUGUGUUCAUGUCAUGGUCAGAACUUCCUCCUUGGAAUAAGUACAUCGAGUAUACGUUCACUGGCAUUUACACAUUUGAAUCAAUGAUAAAAAUCUUGGCAAGAGGGUUUUGUAUGACAGAAUUCACCUUCCUUCGAGAUCCAUGGAACUGGCUGGAUUUUUGUGUUAUCAUUAUGGCAUACAUAACUGAAUUUGUGGACCUGGGCAAUGUAUCAGCCUUACGAACGUUCAGAGUUCUCCGGGCGCUGAAAACAAUCUCAGUCGUUUCAGGUCUGAAGACCAUCGUAGGUGCCCUUAUCCAGUCAGUUAAGAAACUCGCGGACGUCAUGAUCCUGACCGUGUUUUGCUUGAGUGUUUUCGCCCUCAUAGGGCUCCAACUCUUCAUGGGGAACCUGAGACACAAAUGUGUCCGGAAUUACGAGGAAUUUAACUCAACCAACGGCACCUUCGCUUCGGACCAGAAGAUAUGGCCAACUUUGGAUGCCUUCCUAAAUGAUCCAGUGAACUACUACAUUAAAGAGGGCACGACAGAUCCAUUAUUGUGCGGGAACAGUUCAGAUGCUGGUUCCUGUCCCAAAGGGUAUCGGUGUCUAAGAGCAGGUGGAAAUCCUGACCAUGGCUUCACAAGCUUCGACACUUUUGGCUGGGCCUUUCUCUCCUUGUUUCGUCUCAUGACGCAGGAUUACUGGGAGCGCCUCUACCAACAGACCCUUAGAUCUGCUGGCAAGAUCUACAUGUUGUUUUUCAUGCUGGUCAUCUUUUUGGGCUCCUUUUACCUGGUCAACCUGAUCUUGGCUGUGGUGGCCAUGGCAUAUGAAGAGCAGAACCAAGCCACAAUCGCUGAGAUGGAAGCAAAGGAGAGGAAGUUUCGGGAAGCCAUGGAAGCACUGAAGAAAGAGCAAGAGGCAUUAGCUCGAGGAAUCGAUUCAAUGUCACUCAGCUCAUUUGAAAUGUCACCUUUGGCAUCAAAAAACUCCAAAGAACGAAGAAGCAGGAGAAGAAGGAAAAAGUCCUCAGGGGCAGAAGAUGAUGGGGAAGAUCAAAAGGGCCCAAAAUCUGAAUCAGAGGAUGGCCAACGAAGAACGACUGUCCUGGGAUUUACUUCUGGCUCAAUGGAAAAUUCAGUGAAGCGCAAAGCCAGCCAUGGAAGUGUCUUCAGCUUCCGGUUGCGCAGUAGGGACAUUGGCUCGGAGGCGGAUUUUGCAGAUGACGACAUUAGCACUGUGGGGGAGAGUGAGAGCCAACGUGGGUCCUUGCUGGUUCCAAGGAAUGGAAGGCGGCUGAGUGUGCAGAGUCAAGCAAGCCAUAGCUCUCCAAACUACACACACAAUGGCAAGAGGAACAGUUCUGUGGAUUGCAAUGGUGUGGUUUCACUGAUUGGAGGUGGAGGAAGCCCAGACCCAACAACUCCAACAGAUGUGCUGUUGCCACCAGUUAUUACGGACAAACCUGGAACUGAUGAAACGACAUCUCCAUCUGAAGAAGCCAUGAAGAAACAAUUUCUGACACCCCAGCGCCUUUCAGUAGAUCAUCCUGAGGAACAUUUUCAAAGGCAGCGUGCGGUGAGCGCCGUCAGUAUCAUCACCAGUGCCAUGGAAGAGCUUGAGGAAUCCCAACAGAAGUGUCCUCCCUGCUGGAAUCAUUUUGCCAUGAGGUACCUCAUUUGGGAAUGCUGCCCAAUGUGGCUGUUGAUCAAGGAAAAAAUCAAGGUUAUCAUCAUGGAUCCAUUCAGCGACCUGACAAUCACCCUCUGCAUCGUAAUGAACACUCUCUUCAUGGCCAUGGAUCAUUACAAGAUGACCAAAGAGUUCGAGGAUGUGCUCAACAUUGGCAAUCUGAUAUUCACUGGGAUUUUUACAACUGAGAUGGUCUGUAAAGUCAUAGCUCUGCAUCCCUAUUACUACUUCCAGCAAGGAUGGAACAUUUUCGACAGUAUAAUUGUUUCUCUCAGCCUGAUGGAACUGAGUCUCUCCAGUAUGGGGAAUGUAUCUGUGUUACGCUCCUUCAGAUUGCUAAGGGUCUUCAAGCUUGCAAAGUCUUGGCCAACACUCAACACUCUCAUUAAGAUCAUUGGAAACUCUGUGGGUGCGCUGGGGUACCUCACUGUCGUUCUCGCCAUCAUUGUCUUCAUUUUUGCUGUGGUUGGGAUGCAGCUGUUUGGGGAAAUGUAUUACAAGAACGUCAACAAGAUCAGCACCACAGGAGAAUUGCCGCGCUGGCAUAUGAAGGACUUCUUCCAUUCCUUCCUCAUCAUCUUCCGCAUUCUUUGCGGGGAAUGGAUUGAAACUAUGUGGGAUUGUAUGAGAGUCGAUGGACAGCCUCUGUGUCUCCUGGUCUUCCUGCUGAUCAUGGUGAUCGGGAAUUUGGUGGUGCUGAACCUGUUCCUUGCCUUACUGUUGAGCUCCUUCAGCGCUGAUAACCUUUCGGCACCAGACGAGGAUGGGGAGAUGAACAACCUGCAGCUUGCCUUUGCCCGCAUCAACCGGGGACUGAACCACGCCAACCGCGCCAUGUGGGACUUCUGUUGCCACGUCCUCAGGCAACCCAAAGCAACGGCUGAGAAGAAAGCCAUGAUGAAGCUCACGGCCCAGAACCCCGCCGUUGUCCACAACUGUAUCAACAACCACAGUGCUAUGGAGUUUAGCAAAGAGGAGGACACCUACAAGGAGAACCACAUUGGGGAUGAGGGAACCGAAAGAAACAGGGCGAACCAUCAACACCCGCAUCAACAGCAGCCGCAGCCAAAGGAGGUGGUCAGUGACCACAAUGAUGACUUUAUGACCAACCCCAACCUUUCCAUCUGUGUCCCCAUUGCUGUGGGAGAGUCUGAUAUUGAAGAUGAUGAGCAGAGCACUUACACGGAAACAGACCAGGACAGACAGCAGCCACCGAUGGGGCAGCGCUACAGAAGCCCAGCCGUUCGGAGCCAGGCCUCUGAGAUUUGCGAAGAGUUAAGUGAGUUGAACACAGACAAACAGACGAAAACCGAUCCUCCGCUCCCAUCCGUAGGGCAGGAAGAGAAAUUUGAUGAAAUCAGCCUGUCGGAAGGAAGCACAGUGGAUUUGGCAAUCCCCCCAGAUCUUCUGGAACAGAUGCCUGAACUGGCAGAAGAGAUGAUGGAACCCGAAGGCUGCUUCCCAGAACCUUGCGUCCGAUUGUUUCCCUGUUGUUCUGUUGACACCACGAAAGUUCCCGGGAAGAUUUGGUGGAGGCUGAGGAAGACCUGCUACCAAAUUGUUGAACACAGCUGGUUUGAAACUUUCAUCAUAUUCAUGAUUCUUCUCAGCAGCGGAGCACUGGCAUUUGAAGACAUCUACCUCGAAGAGAGAAGGAACAUUAAAACCAUGUUGGAAUAUGCUGACAAGAUCUUCACUUACAUCUUUGUCCUGGAGAUGCUUCUGAAAUGGGUGGCUUAUGGCUUUAAGAAGUACUUCACCAAUGCAUGGUGCUGGCUUGAUUUCCUCAUUGUUGAUGUCUCAUUAGUAAGCCUCAUAGCUAGUACUCUUGGAUACUCCGAAAUUGGUCCCAUUAAAUCCCUUAGGACCCUCAGAGCUCUGAGGCCUUUAAGAGCACUCUCAAGAUUUGAAGGGAUGAGGGUUGUGGUCAAUGCCUUGGUAGGCGCCAUACCUUCUAUCAUGAACGUUCUGCUUGUCUGCCUCAUUUUUUGGCUCAUCUUCAGCAUCAUGGGAGUCAACUUGUUUGCCGGGAAGUUUGGGAAGUGUAUCAACAAGACAGAAGGGGAUGAGCCUUUGAACCACACAAUUGUCGACAACAUGACUGAAUGCCAAAGUUUUAAUGAGACAGGAGAGCUGUACUGGACAAAAGUCAGAGUCAACUUUGAUAAUGUUGGUGCCGGCUACCUGGCUUUGCUGCAAGUGGCAACUUUUAAAGGCUGGAUGGAAAUUAUGUAUGCAGCGGUGGAUUCACGAGAGCGCGAGCAGCAACCUGUGUGGGAAGCCAAUUUGUACAUGUACCUCUACUUUGUGAUCUUCAUUAUCUUUGGCUCUUUCUUCACUCUGAAUCUUUUCAUUGGCGUCAUCAUUGAUAAUUUCAAUCAACAAAAGAAAAAGUUAGGUGGACAAGACAUCUUUAUGACAGAGGAGCAGAAAAAAUACUACAAUGCCAUGAAAAAGCUGGGAUCUAAGAAACCGCAAAAACCCAUCCCACGGCCAUUGAACAGGUUUCAAGGCUUCAUUUUUGAUUGUGUCCUGAACCAAGCUUUCGACGUAUGCAUCAUGCUCCUCAUCUGCUUAAACAUGAUCACUAUGAUGGUCGAAACAGAUGACCAGAGUCCAGAAAAAGUUAGCAUCCUUUAUAAAAUCAACAUGGUCUUUGUGGCCAUCUUCACUGCUGAGUGUAUGUCUAAACUGGUGGCACUGAGGCACUACUAUUUCACCAAUGGCUGGAAUAUAUUUGAUUUCGUCGUCGUUAUUUUAUCCAUCGUAGGCUCUGUGUUAUCCGACAUCAUCCAGAAGUAUUUCUUCUCCCCUACCUUGUUCAGAGUCAUCCGCUUGGCUCGGAUUGGCCGGAUCCUGAGACUUAUACGCGGGGCCAAAGGAAUCCGAACUCUUCUCUUUGCCUUAAUGAUGUCCCUUCCCGCACUGUUCAAUAUCGGGCUCCUCCUGUUCCUGGUUAUGUUCAUUUAUGCCAUUUUUGGCAUGGCCAACUUUGCCUACGUUAAGCAUGAGCAUGGCAUCGACGACAUGUUCAACUUCCAGACGUUUGCCAACAGCAUGCUCUGCCUCUUCCAAAUUACAACGUCGGCAGGCUGGGACGGUCUUCUCCAUCCCAUCUUGAACACGGGGCCACCCUAUUGUGACCCCAGCCGCCCAAAUGCAAAUGGCUCCAAGGGAGACUGUGGCAGCCCUGCGGUGGGGAUCCUGUUCUUUGUUACUUAUAUCAUUAUAUCCUUUCUCAUUGUUGUGAACAUGUACAUAGCCAUUAUUUUAGAGAACUUCAGUGUCGCUACUGAAGAGAGUACGGAGCCUCUGAGCGAGGAUGACUUUGAUAUGUUUUAUGAAAUCUGGGAGAAGUUUGACCCUGAAGCCACUCAGUUUAUGGAGUAUUCUGCACUUUCCAAUUUUGCCGACGCUCUGUCGGAACCGUUGCGCAUUGCGAAACCAAACAAGCUUAAGCUCAUCGCUAUGGACCUGCCCAUGGUGAGCGGAGAUCGGAUCCAUUGCUUAGACAUUCUCUUUGCUUUCACCAAAAGAGUGCUAGGGGAAUCUGGAGAGAUGGAUGCCUUGAAAAUACAAAUGGAGGAGAAGUUCAUGGCGGCAAACCCUUCGAAGAUUUCUUAUGAACCCAUCACCACCACACUCAGGCGAAAACACGAAGAGGUAUCUGCCAUUCUGAUCCAGCGGGCCUACCGGAGUCAUCUUUUCCAGCGCUCCCUUAAGCAGGCUUCCUUCUUAUACCGCCAACAAGCUUGCAACCUUGGGGACGAUGCGCCUGAGAAGGAAGGCCUCAUUGCCUCCAUGAUGAGCGAAAACUAUGGGAGGCCCAUCGAUAAAUCAGAAACUCUAUCCUCCACCUCUUUCCCUCCUUCCUACGACAGCGUCACCCGAGGUACUAGCGAUAACUUCCAACUGCGGUUGACGGACUCCAGCAAAAGCGACCUAGAAGACCCAUUAUCGCCCGACAGAGAUAAAGAGUCGAUGGUUUAGGGAUACUUUUUUUCCUUUUGUUGGUUUUGUUUCAGACACUUUAAAUAUAUUGUUUACAGAAUGUAAUGCUGUAACUACACAACAGUUGAAACAGCCUUUUUUUAAAAAAGCAAAACAUUAGUUGCAAAGGAAAUAAGAAGGGAGGUUAGCCCUUUCAGGAGGGGGUGCGUCACUGUGUUAUAUCCAUAUAUAUAACCUUUGGCCCUGCUCUUUUCAAACUUUGCUUAAUGUUUAUAUUUAUAUAUGCACAGGGGCAGGGGAUAGAGGAUCCGGCACAAGGUCACGGCAGUUAUAGCAGCGGGUGCGGGUAGCACAACAGUAAAUACUUUAUAUCCAUACACAGAUAAAAACCUGACCGUAUCCUUUCAUUUUAAGGUCUUACUUAUAUUAGUGCAUUUACUUACCGGCGACAUAUGACCUUGCAUCCUAUAACAUGAAAACCAGAGCAAAAAAAAGAAGAAGACGAGAAUGAGAGAGCGCGGGAGGAGGAGGAGGAGGGAGGAGGAGGAAUCACGUAGCUGCUGUAGCAACAAUGUAACACUUAAUGUAUAUGUUGUGAAUGGUCUUUCAUAAAUUUAUUAUAUUUGAUAUUUUUUUACUUAAAACAAAGCUAUAAUUGUCUCCUUUUCCAUGGAGAUGGGAGGACGCGGUGCGACGAACCCGGAAUGAGAGGUGGUUUCCCAAAGAGCAAGAGCAAAGGAUGGUCUGUUGAGAAAAUGAGCUGCAUAGAGAAAGGUUAGGUUGACAAUAGACUGGCUGUGUGUUACAACAGGGAGAUAUUCGCUUGGAACAUGGAGCUCCCUGCCAGCAGUUUAACCCAGGGAACACAAAAGCAAGGAAAUGAUGUCAGCUAAAGCGUGACAUGGGUUACAUUUUAUUUUGAUUUUGAUUUUUGUUCUCUACCCGCAGGAUAUUAGACACGAAUGGAUUCUGCUUGUAAACCUGCCAAUAAAAGCACUAUUUUUUUACCAUG